AUGGCCCUGGACUGGCAGUCCAUGACAAAGAACUACGCACCCUGGAAUGACAUGUCGGAGGCUGCAGACGGAACUCACUCUAAUUACACUUUCGAUGGCUUGCUCAACGGAUGGAUGCCUGCUUCUCGAAAGAUUUACCGGGGCCUCGUUGACACAACCGACUGGGUUGAUAUCACUACAUUCGCCGACGUCGACUCUCCAGAUCCCGAUAUCGUUCACAUUUGGUUCUCUAUCAAGUAUGUCAAGGGCGGAGUCCUGCGUGCACAGAAGUAUGCUCUGGAUUACAAGCAGUUCCUGCCCUUGAAGGCGCAUCCUACUGCCGAUGACUUUUACCCUGCUUUGAUGCGGUUCGCCGACUACUGGGACUCGCACGUCAAAGACGAAAUAUCUUUGACUCUUCCGGAUGAGAGUUGGUCGGAUAUUGGAAAACAUGCCUUUGCUGUAGAGCUUGUUGGUCGCGCUGGAGGUGUCACUCCGAGGUACGGUGCCUUUGAACGCGACUAUGGCGGAUCAGAAUAUGACGGCUUCCAAGACAUCAUGACCAUGUCGCUCACAGCUAACUUGGCCUGGGGACGAUUUGCUCAGGCCAAGGCCAUCCUUGAGAACUACAUGGACUGGUAUGUCUACGACAACGGAGCCAUCAAGAUGCGUGGGCCUGCCGUGCCCCAGUUCGGCAUGUCACUUUCUUUGAUCGCACGCUAUGUCCAGUACACGGGCGACACUGCGUUUCCGGAGAAGUACAAGACGAAGAUCCUCGCCUGGGCCAACAUGCUCACCGCGCGCCAAGACGAGAACUUGAAGCUGCCUAAAGAUGAUCCAUACUACGGCCUCAUUUCUGGCUGGAGCGAAUCUGAUGCUGCACUGAGAAACGAUGCAUGGCGAUUCGAGAAACCGUACUGGAACAAUGCGGCGUUCGCUGCUCGCGGUCUUAAGGAUCUUAGCAAGAUUGAGACAUUUGCCGACCAUGCCAACGACUGGAACACUCGCGCUGAGCAGCUCAUAAACCAGACAUCCCUCAAAUUGGACCAAUGGAUCCAAAGGAACUUCACACCUGCUUAUGUUCCUGUCCUGCCGAAUGAAACAACCCAUGUUCUCGAGGACCUGGCCGAAAAGGGAGACGCAUCCUCUCAGUGGUGGCCGCACCGGGUCUACUCGGAACUGCUUCAAGCAUCAGUGCUCUCAUCAAACCAUACUGACAUGGUGAUUGACUCCAUGCGCGCCUACGGAAUUACUAGCGUGGGUGUCGUUGCCAACGUCACGCCCCUUAGGUCUGAUACUCGCGACAUCUUGGGCUUCAUUUCAUAUGGCUACGCCCUUUCGUUGCUUGUCCAGGACCGCCUUGAUGAGUUUGUGCUCUUCUUAUACUCUCAUCUGUAUCAUGUCUAUAACAGGGGCUUAUGGCUUGCGGCUGAAGUUGCCGGAACUGGAGGUGGUUCCAGCACAUACUGCCAGCCUUCCCAGUUUACGGUCCCCGUCUUGCUUAGAGCAGCAUUGUUAUUCGAUCACCCCGACAAGGAUGCUUUGCUAGUUGGACGAGGCGUUCCGAGGAAAUGGCUUAGCAAGGGUAAGGUCGGAGUACAGAGAGCCCCGACCAAAUGGGGAUCAGUCGACCUCGAUAUGCAGCUGGACGAGAAGGCGGCUACCAUCACGACGGUUCUAGGUUUCAGUAAGGCGCCUCCAGCUGAAGUUUGGGUUAAGCUGCGGGUUCCAGAAGGGAGUCAACUCAAGAAUGUCACCGUCGACGGUAGCGCGGCGGAGUAG